AUGCUGCUGGAUCUCACCACCCUCAUGGGAGAUAUCAAGAGGCGAGGGCAAAAUGAAACAAAACAAUGGGGAAACAAGCACCAUGCAGGGACUGGUUGGGACGAAGCUCUGUUUGUUGAGCGCUGGUUGCUACUGAUGCGCUUAGCAAGGGAGAGGGCCACGGAACAAGGCAACAAGGAACAAACAGUAGAGAACAAGGGGCAAAAAACGAGACUGAAACGAGCAGAAUAUGCCAAAAAACGAUAUCGUUUCCUUAGACCAAGCCCGUCCGGCAGACCCAGCUCUCAAAGUCAUCUCAUGAAAAGUAAAAACAAAAAGAACCACUAA